AUGUCCAUCUACGAACGCAUAUCCAGUGUAAGCGAUCGACACAGCCAGAUCCUGUCGGAGCUCGGAACUAUCGGCAAUGCGCCCGACGAUCUCAAGUCUCAUCGAGCUUUUCUGUCGGAUCUGCAGCGGCAGCUGGCAAGGACAAACCGCAGCUUGGAGGAGGUCGGGAAAUACACACAGGUCGAGCGCGAGAGGCAUGAAAAGUACCGCGACAGUACCAUCCGGCGCCUGAUGUAUAGGGCGACCGGCAAAGGAGCCGUCUUUGAAGAAAAAGCAGAUCAAGAAAUGAAGGAUUACUACAGCGCGCUCGAGAAGGAGAACAAGAUGAAAGGAGAGAAGGAGAUGCUGGACGCCCAAGUCCGCGAGGCUACAGAUGAACAGAAGGAUCUCCAGGCCGCUGCCACCCAGUGCGCUCGGCUGCAGGAUGAACUGGACACCAUGUACAAACGCCUGUUCGAAGGGCCGACCUCCGAGUUCCCCGAAGAGGACGAGCAGGAGAAUGCCACCAAAGCCGCCGAGAUCCACCAUCGCGAGAUAAAAAGGCAACUCAAUGGUACCGCAAAAGCAGCGCAAUGCCUAUCCAGAGCCCAGAUUCCCAUGAAGGAAGCCUUGGCGCAUAUCUUCCAAGCCCGCCAUGCAUGCGAGACCGACAUGUAUGGCUUCGGAGGCGCCCUGGCCGACUAUCGCCAACAGAACCAUCUAUCAAAUGCCCAGCAAAAGGUCAGCCAGACGCAACUGCUCGUCUCGCAAGCGAUACAGCUCGAUUCGGACGUACAGCCUCUCCCGCGGAUGGGUAUAGUGCAACUCGACAUGGUCAGCUCGAUCCUCUUCGACAACUUUCUGUUCAACAUGGGCUUCCUGACCAUGAUCCAAAACUCAUACAAUGAAGUGAAAUACGCCGAGGGCUCCCUACUCGGCCAGAUAAGGCAGGCAAAGUCCCGCGAGGACGCCCUGAGAACUCAGUUCCAAGAUGCUGCGAGACGCCUCGAGAGGGCGCGAAAGGACCUGCGGAAGAUCAGAGAGGAGGCCUUCAUACGAGCAGCGGAUCCGCCACCGCCUUAUGUUGAGAAUACGCCUCGUACUAUGCCUGUGGGCGACUGA